UAUGAACGUUGUUUUGUAUUCUCAGACAGUAUACUUUAUGAACGUUGUUUUGUAUUCUCAGACAGUAUACUUAAUGAACGUUGUUUUGUAUUCUCAGACAGUAUACUUUAUGAACGUUGUUUUGUAUUCUCAGACAGUAUACUUUAUGAACGUUGUUUUGUAUUCUCAGACAGUAUACUUUAUGAACGCUGUUUUGUAUUCUCAGACAGUAUACUUUAUGAUCGUUGUUUUGUAUUCUCAGACAUUAUACUUUAUGAACGUUGUUUUGUAUUCUCAGACAGAAUACUUUAUGAUCGUUGUUUUGUAUUCUCAGACAGUAUACUUUAUGAUCAUUGUUUUGUAUUCUCAGACAGUAUACUUUAUGAACGUUAUUUUGUAUUCUCAGACAGCAUACUUUAUGAACGUUAUUUUGUAUUCUCAGACAGCAUACUUUAUGAACGUUGUUUUGUAUUCUCAGACAGCAUACUUUAUGAAGGUUGUUUUGUAUUCUCAGACAGUAUACUUUAUGAACGUUGUUUUGUAUUCUCAGACAGUAUACUUUAUGAACGUUGUUUUGUAUUCUCAGACAGCAUACUUUAUGAAGGUUGUUUUUUAUUCUCAGACAGUAUACUUUAUGAACGUUAUUUUGUAUUCUCAGACAGCAUACUUUAUGAACGUUGUUUUGUAUUCUCAGACAGCAUGCUUUAUGAAGGUUGUUUUGUAUUCUCAGACAGCAUACUUUAUGAAGGUUGUUUUGUAUUCUCAGACAGCAUGCUUUAUGAAGGUUGUUUUGUAUUCUCAGACAGCAUAUUUUAUGAAGGUUGUUUUGUAUUCUCAGACAGCAUACUUUCUGCAGAGCCUUGUUCUGGUGUGUCAGUUUCACAAAACUGUAUGUAUAUGGACCUCAAACUGUAUGUAUAUGGACCUCAAACUAUUGUAUUCAAUAAAAUGACUCCGCGUCACUUAGAAAAGACCUCAAGACAAGACUUUGGGUCAGGUUGAAAUGAAAUUUAAUUACCUUUAAAUGUGUACUCGACAAAGUUGGGAGCAGAACUGACUGUUCAGAGAGAAAACGCACGCUUUUAUACUCAUAUGGCGUUAAUCGGAUAUUUUUUAUAUUCAUAUUGUAGAUAUCUUCGUUAUAGUGAUUUGACAAAAUUAUGUGACUAAAAAAGAGGUUCUGAUCUUUAUUAACACAAUGAGCAAAUAUUCUACAAAUGGGUAUAACAACAACAUACAACGAUACUUCUCUAAGUGUAUUUCUCAACAAUGAAUAAAACCUUGGCCAACCUGCCAGAACUCUAAGGACACAAUUACUACAUAAAUUAAAAGAAACAAUAUACAAAUAAAAAUAAACAGAAGUAAAAAUGGUGUAAGGGUAAAAAUUGCCACAAUAACAUUCUUGUGCAUGAUGCGAAUCUAUAUUAGACAAGCACUCGCAUCCCUUGUUGCUGUCCUGAAUGGUUUUGUCAUGUCCUGUUCUAGCAAUAACAUUCUUGUGCAUGAUGUGAUUCUUAAUUAAACUUGCACAAUGAUAAUCAUAACAAGACCAUGUGUUGCUCCCACAAACAAUGCCUCUUACUUUUAAAUCAAGGUCACAGCCUCUUACUUUAAAAUCAAGGUCACAGCAGAGAGACACUUGUGC